AUGCUCACGGCACCUGCUGCCACCAGCCCAUCUGCCCAAGGACAGACUUAUGACCCUGCGGCAAAGACGUAUCAAGAAGCGCAGAGUUCUCGCCGGAUGCCAUUAUCAACAGUGCCGCAAACUUCCCGACUGCCUUUUAACAGCUUUGCGUCCCCUUCCACGCAGCCUUCAGGGCAAAUUCUCGGCUUCGCAGCUCCACCAGUCAACGGGACGCAAGCAUCUACGUCGGCACAAUAUGUCGCGCUGGCGCAGCUGAUUGACAGAACUGAACCACAAGUAGUGCGGCAAGUGUUUAAUACGGUGGUCCACAGGGCUCAGCCGUCAACGUUGGUUCGAGUCAUCACUGACUUUGGCUCGAGGCUUAUUGGAACAUCAAAGCGCCAAAUCAUCUCGCACUUCAAGGCUGGCGACUUUGAUGAAGUAGCAAGCGAAAUCCUAGGCAAGGCUAGCACUCACUUCCUGGACCUAGCCCUGGCUCAGCGAUUGGAAACUAUUCGCGCCCGCCCGCUGGUAAAUGCUCUCGCGAAAGCAGAGCGUCUUGGAUACAACGAAAAGGACGUUGUCGAGGAGAGGAAAGAUGGAACUGAAAUUGUUAUUUCGUACGUGAAGCAGCAUCUGGCCCAAGACCCGCCACAAUAUCGGCAGCCCUCAGUUCAACCUUUGGUUCAACCGUCGGUUCAGAAGACCAAAUCACCGCUAGCAAUGCCAGCCUCAACGAGGCAGCAAUCGCAGGCGAUGGAAACAUCACAGGAUAGGCAUGACUCUUCCAAUUUCCUUCAGUGCCAAGUCUGCAGUCGUCCGGUGUCAGGUACAGAUGCGCUCAACUAUCAUCAAUCGAAGGGUGCAUGCCGUGGUGAAGUCAAGACGAUUGAUCAAGUUGGCAAAAGUCUUUGUCCCCACUGCGGAUGCUUCUUCAACUCCAGUGGCGGCUUGCCGUACCAUCUCAAGUCGAAUGUGUGCGGUAUGUAUACCGGCGAGCACGCCUCUGCCAUUAUGCCAGCACUAGAAAAGUUUUAUCGAGAGCAUGUUCCAGCUCGAGGUCCCGGAUCGACUCAUAGGUCACAGUCGAUGCCGUCGUCAGCAAAAGACGAGAGUCGGUCCCGGUCUGCCCAGCUUCCCUCUCAAGGCGCCCGUUUCACGUCUAUGAAUCCGAAUCCGGGCACGCCGGCGACGCCAACGCUUCCGGCCGCGUCUUCAGGAGGAGGGAAGCACUCGGAUCCCUACGCGCAUCUCUCGCCUGAGGACAAAAAGGAGCUUGAAAUGGAACUGGCACGUACAGAGGCACACUACGGUAAUCUUUUACGAAAAGCCAUGCUACUACCACAGCCAGAGCAAGACGAAGAGGUGUCUAAGAUCAAGAACUGCUUCAAUACAAAGCAAUCCACCACUCGCAAGAAGUAUGGGGUCAAGCUUCGGGAGAGACGUACCAAAGCCGAAAUCGAGGCAGAGCGCGAGAGGUUGUUCAAAGCACCGCCGGAAGAAACUCUCGGGCAACCCCAGGAGGCACCAGCCAGUCAGGAUGGGGCUGUGCCGGUGAUAAAGAAAGCGCGCGUUAAUGAGAGAGGAGAUUCUGCACCCGCUGCGCAGCCUGUCAUCUCGGGGCCGGGUGCCGAUUCACCUCGGAGGCGAGUGCGGCUGGCGGACAUGGGAGGUUUAGGCGCAUCGGCGGCGACAGCAGAGCACACGGAUCCCACGACGACGAAACAAAGCUAUUCAGCGUCACAGCCGCCGUCAACAAAUGGAUCAGCCAAUGUGGCCGGAGCUAUCUCGGACGCCAGGGCGGGAGAAGCACGUAACGAUCCGAUGGAGCUCGACGAGGUCAGCAGCGCGACCGAAGACUCUGACUCCGAAGAAGAAGACGACGACGACAUCCCCGCCGUUUUGACGACAUAG